AUGGACAAGAUUCAGCCUACCCUCGAUCUCCUCUCCACAAUUGGUGGCACCGGCGGCGUGGCCGACGCCGCCGAGGUGGCUGGCAAGACUCGUUUGGAGGACAGCCUUUGCACCUUCAGGGUCUUCGAGGAAGCUGCUGAUCUACCAGAUGUAUCGAUAGACUUGAACGGCGACAACGACGACGAGGUUCACAAGGCCCGCGCGGAGACCGCCCCGGCGGUUGCCCUGACGCCAGGCGCCGCGCGGCCCCGCCGGCCCCGCGCGGUGCGGCUCGGCUCGCGAGGCCGCACGGCGUGCGCGCGAGCCGUGGCCGCCUGCCUCUGCGCCCCCCCCCGCGGCGCCGCCGCGACGAGAUCAGAGCACCCAGAGCCCACCAGUGCGGAUGUGGCUGUGAGCGGGCCUCGGCGCGCCGCGGCCGCGGGCGCCACGGCGAGCCGGCAGGAGGCUCGAGACUGGAGCAGGGCGGCAUCGACCGCGGCAAGCUCGGCAGCGACCGAGCGACCGGCAGGGGCCGGGAAGAGCGGCCGCAGGCGCGGCGAGAGGAGUGAGGCAGCGAUCGAGACCAGGCGCAAGGCCCUCCAGUUCAAGCACGACUUGAGGGAGACUGGCAACAAGCUCCGAGACCUCGCACAUAUCGAGGACCAUCCCUCGGAGAACUCAUCGGACGCCAUUGAGGAGGCGCAGAAGGAGGUCCUAGGCAGGAUCACGGACCUUGAGCGCACGAGGCAGCAGAUAGCUGAGAGCCGGGAGGCGAUCGAGCGUAUGGGCGAGCAGAUCAGAGGCGCGUCGAGCGCGGGCGUAGCCGCUCACGGUCUCGUCGACACGAAGGGGAUUGGCAAGCCCACGACGAUGGGCGACGAUCAAGAGAAGUUCGGCGCUUGGAAUCGCAAGAUGGAGAACUACGUGAUCGGCGUGUACGGAGAGAGUUUUCGUCCCGUUCUUCGGUGGGCUGCAGAAGCCGAACGCCCCGUGACGAUCGCGGGGGCUCAGGCGGCGCACGACGGAGUGCCAGAGCUGGAGACAAAGGUCAACCAGCUGUACGCGGCGCUGAUCAGCACGACGGCGGACGGGAGCGAGAGCAACGACCUCGUGACGGGCGCUCCCGAUGGGAACGGUCUCGAAGCCUGGCGGAAGCUCCACCGCAGGUGGGAUCCGACGACAGGUCCGAGGAAGAGGCUGAUCCUGAGGUCGAUCAUCUCGCCUCCGAAGUGCAGCGCGGACGAGCUGGGAUCCGCCUUAGAGAAGUGGAUCCAGCAGAUAGGCAGGUACGAACGCCGCCAAGGAGAAGAUGGUCUAGCCGAGCUGCCGGAGGAUAUCAAGAUGGCGGCUCUCGAGAUGCUCGUGCCUCAGGACAUCGAGAACCACCUCGUCCUCAACAAGCAUCGGCUCGAAACGUUCCAGGACAGUCUGAACGAGGUGAUGACGAUCGUGGAGGCUCGGACCGGCGUGAAGAUCAAGGCGGCAGGCAGCCUGGAGGAGGAGCCUGAAGCGGAGGUCGCCGCUCUGGACAUGGGCAGCCUGGACUGCCUGGAGCUCGCCAGCGGCAGCGGCCGCGGCGUAGCGGCGGUCGAUCUCUCCCCCUUCGCGCAGGACGACUGGAUGAAGUUCAACUGGGACAGCGGUGCAGCUAUCUCAGCAUUCCCUCGGAGCUUCGCGCCGCCGACGGGAAUGAAGGGCAACGGCAGCACGUAUCGUACGGCCAGUGGUGAGCUCGUCCCGGACGAGGGCAGCUUGCAGCUCAAGGCGGAGGACGAGUACGGAGUGCUACGAGCGCUCAAGGGACGCGUGACGAACGUGCACAAGCCGUUGAUCUCGGUGGGGCAGGCAGCAGGAGCUGGACAGUGUUCAUUCCUGGGCCGCAAUGGCGGCUGGAUAUUCCACGAGAAGAGCCCAAUCGGCAAGCGCGUGGUAGGCAUGCUCGAGAAGGAGGCGAAGGCGGCGAAGCACCAGAUGCUGCCGGUCUAUCGCGAGCAGGGCGUCUACAACUUCUACCUCAAGAAGGGCCAACAUGGCUCGGUUGCUCCUCUCGAGGAGGGACUUUCGGCGAAGUCGAAGUCCGAGCUGGUGGAGCUCCUCAGCGGCAAGUCGAAGGAGGAGCUGCUGGAGAUCCUCGAGAAGACAGACUUAAUACCACGGCCCCCGGCGGCAUCGGCUGCGGGGGCGGCAGCGGCGGGGUCGGGACCUUCCGACGUGAGACCGCCGGGUUUUCAGCCAGCGGCAGCUGCUGCGGCCGACGCUUUGCCAGCUGCUCCUGAUGGACAGCAGGCCGACGAGGGCGAGGAGGAGGCUCGCCCGAGAGUGCUGAAGGCACCUCAUGAGCCCUCUCAGAGGGAGAUCGCCGAACACGAGGCGAUGGGACACGCGACUUAUCGCAGCUGGUGUCGCGUGUGUAUUGCGGCAAAGGGCCAAGGCCAGCCGCAUCUCCGCGCACCGGAGGACGACGAGACAGCGGUGCCGGUGGUCUCGUCCGACUACGCCUUCAUGGGCCAGGACGACGCGGACACCAUGCCGAUGCUGGUCCUUAGGGAUCGGCGCUCGAAGAUGAUGGCGGCGACAUUCGUGGAGAAGAAGGGCGACGACGCCUACGCCAUCAAGUUCUUCGCACGCUUCUUGCGGAUCCUGGGCUACAGGAAGAUCGUCAACAAGUCCGACGGCGAGCCAGCGAUCCUGCUGGUCAAGAGGCGUGCGGUGGAGGAGGUUCCUGGCCUCGAGGCCAUUCCCCAGGAGUCGGCACCGGCCGAUCAUCAGGCCAAUGGGGAGAUUGAGGUCACGGUGCGCGAGAUCAAGAAGCAGGUGCGGGCGCUCAAGAUGGACCUGGAGUCCAAGCUGGGCGUCAAGGUGGAGGACAAGCACCCGGUGCUAGCGCACCUGCCGGAGCACGCCGCAUCGGUAAUCAACCGAUACCGGCGCGGCCAGGACGGCAAGACCGCUCUUCAGCGGCUCACGGGACGGCAGUGGAGGAAGCCGGUCCCGCUCUUCGGCGAACGCUUGAUGGCGCGGUUCGCCGGGGAACGCGUGAGGAAGAACGCGCUGGAGGAGCAGAUGGUGGAGGCUCGCUACAUCGGCCACCACCCGCGCGACGGCUCGAUGAUGGUCAUCACGAGCGACGGCGUGAAGAAGGCGGUCGGCUUCCGCAGCCUGCCGCAGAGCGAGAAGUGGAUCACGGCGGGCUGGGAUGGCCUGAAGGGCCUGCCGUGGGACGUGGCUCCGCGUGCGGCAAGCGCGCCGCGGGCCAUCGUCGGACCUGGAGAGGUCGGUCCGCCACCAAUUGUGGUGGUGUCGCCGCAGCCGCAGGCGCCGAGGAGGAUGUACGUCCUCAAGGCGGACAUCGAGCGGCUGGGCGCAACGCCGGGAUGCCCAGGGUGCAUCUCGAUCGCUCGGCACGGCCGGGUGCUGGCUGGCCACGCGCACAACGCGGUGUGCAGCAAGAGGAUCUUCGAAGCGCUGGACGCGGAGGAGGCAGGCCGGGAGAGGACCGGCCAGUAUCGAGAGCGGAGGCAGGGCCAAGAGGCCAGAGUCCGACCGGCGGCAUCGGCCGCGGCAGGGACCCCUCCGCCGAAGACGGCUCGGAGGAUCACCGAGCCGGUGGCAGCGGCGGCAGCGGCAUCGGCCGCGCCGGCCGCGACCCGCUCGGCAGCAGCGCCAGCCGUGGCAGCCACGGCGGCGCGCCUGCGAGAGAGCCAGCCGGUAGCACCGGGCUUCGGCGUGGCGGCUCCUUCAGGAGGAGCGAGCUCCAGUUCGGGAGCGGCGCGAGCGGCAGAGGCCGCCGCGGAUGUCGACAUGACCGCGGCUAGGUCGCGGCUGAAGCGCUCGGCAGAGGUGGCCCCGGAUGAUGUGCCGGAGGCCCUCGAGCGCGGUGACCCACAGCCGGCAGACGUGCCGGUACCGGUGGACAUGGAGGAUCUCGCGGCGCAGCCGGCGCCGGCGGAAGGACCUCAGCUGCCAGCUGGAGUGGCAGUCGUGUGGAACGCCAGUGAGGGGAGGCACAUGCGGGUGCUCGCCCUCGAUGUGGCGUCGAUCGAGCUGGUUGAGCUCGGAGUGCUGACGAGAGCGAAGGCGGAGUUGCUCCCGCUCGUUCGCGAACAGGUCAGUGGCCAUUGGGCCAGCGCCGGCGUGGACAUCGCCGACGAGGAGGUGGACAGCAUCGCCCUAUCGGCGUUGCAGCUGGGCGCCGUGGACGUGGCCGAGGUGUACUCGCCACAUCGGUUCUCGGCUCGGGCAGCGGAAUUUCAGCUGCGCCCGGGCUUCGCGGCGGACCUGGAGGAACUCAAGGAGGACGGGGCGCCGUGGGACUUGCGGCGCCCCGAAGAUGUCAAGGAGCUCGAGAAGCAGCAGGAGCGGAUGGAUCCCAUCCUGCUCACGGGGUCCCCUCCAUGCGAGAAGUUCAGCUUGCUGAGGGGCCUGAGCGCCAAGUUCAGGACCGAUGAGCAGGAGGCGGCUGAGAUGGAGGAGGCCAGACACCACCUGAAGGUGGCAGUCGACGCCUACUGGCGUCAGCUCAGGAAGCCAGGCAGGUACUUCUUGCAUGAGCAUCCCUGGAGCGCGCGAUCGUGGAAUGAGGACAUCGUCAAGGAGCUGGUCGCGCAUCCAGGAGUCUUCACGGUCAAAGGCCCCAUGUGUCGGUGGGGCAUGAAGCUCACGAACCCCCGCAAUGGCCAGGAGGAGUUCGUGCGCAAGGAGACCGGAUGGGUCACCAACCAUCCAGGCCUAGCCCGGAGGCUGCAGGGCACUUGCAGCAAUGUGGACGGCCGCGCGGAAUGGCAUCGCCACAUCACGCUCGUGGGCGGCAUCGCGCGGUUCGCGAAGGUCUAUCCACCGAAGUUGGUGGAGGCGGUGCUGGAGGAGCUCAAGGACACGCUGAAUGACGUGGGAGAGCUCAGCACCGCCCAGGUGCAGCAGUCGGGCCCAGUCCCUGUGGACGCGGCAGUGCCGCCCGGGGACUGGACGAGUUACUGGGACGACGUCAAUGGCGGCUACCUGGAGGCGGGCCUUGUGGCCCAGGCUCGCGCGGUCGAGCGCGAGUGGGUCAAGAAGCAGGAGCUGAUCGAGAUCGUCCCGAGGUCUCAGGCUUUCGCCGAGACUGGGCGUCCGCCCAUCCCACUCAAGUGGAUCGACACGAACAAGGGUGACGCGGAGAGGCCCAACUACAGGAGCAGGCUCGUCGUGAAGGAGAUCAAGGCGAAGAAGCGCCCUGACGAGCAGCUGGAGGCGUCCGAGGUCUUCUCGGCCAUGCCUCCUCUGGAGGCCAUGCGGUCGCUGGUCUCGCUGAUGGUCACGUGGGCGCGGGAACCACCGCUCCACGUUCAGGAGUCGCUUCGCAAGAAGGGCAGGAAGCCGGGCAACUUUAAGAUCGGCUUCUUCGACAUCAGCAGGGCGCACUUCUACGGGAAGGCGCAGCGGAGGAUCUUCGUGGAGCUGGAAGAGGAGAGUCGCAAGGAGUACGGCGAGGACAAGCGCGGCCUACUCCUCAAGUCCUGGUACGGCACGCAGGACGCCAGCAAGAUCUGGCAGGGCGACUACACGGAGCUGCUGGAGGAAAACGGCUACAAGGCGGGCGUGUCGUGCCCAGCGGUCUUCUACAAGGAGGUGGACGAGACGAGGCUGCUGGGGCACGGCGACGACUUCGCGGUGCUGGCUCAGCAGCAGGACAUCGACAGCUUCGAGGCCACGCUGGGCAAGAAGUACGAGUUCAAGAAGACUGCGAACCUAGGCUUCGACGAGGGCGAUGACAAGCAGGCGGUCUUCCUGAAUCGGGUCAUCGAGGUCAGUGCGGGAGUUCCGCCUGGCGGUGGCCGGCCCUGCCGGCAUGCGAUGAUCGAGCCGGACAAGCGGCACGCGGAGAUCGUGAUCGACGAGUUGGGUCUCAGCAAGGCCAACGGCGUGGACACGCCGACGGAGAAGCGCAGCGCCGACAAGCAGAUGAUGGAUGCGAAGUCGGCGGCGUUGGGAGCAGCGGAAGCUUCGCGCUUCCGAUCCCUCACCAUGAGGGUGGCCUACCUGUCUCAGGACAGGCUGGACUUGGCUGAGGCAUCGAAGACGCUCGCCAGGUCCAUGCAGACGCCAACGGAGGCGAGCUGGCUCAUGCUCAAGAGGGUUGGCCGCUACCUCAAGCGGCAUCCUAGCACGGUGACGGUUUUCACGGAGCAGAAGACGUUCGACAAGAUCCGGGUGUACGUGGACUCCGAUCAUGCAGGCUGUGCAGUCACGCGGAAGAGCACCGGAGGCUUCGUGGCGAUGCUGGGGCAUCAUGUAGUCAAGCACGGCAGUAACCUGCAGUCGACGGUUUCAUUGAGCAGCGGGGAGAGCGAGUACUACGCCCUGGUGAAGGGCGGGAGCGUGGGCCUAGGCCUUCACAGCCUCUUCGCGGAUUGGGGGCUGGACCUGAAGGUGGAGCUUGCCUCGGAUUCAUCGGCGGCCCGGGGCCACGUCCAACGGCGAGGUCUCGGGAAGAUGCGGCAUGUUCAAUCACGAUACUUGUGGAUCCAGGAGCGUGUUGGCAAGGGCGACCUCUCGAUCGCUGCAGUUCCUGGCAAGAACAAUGUCGCGGACGUGCUGACCAAGAGCGUGGGUGGCUCCCUUUUGAGGAGACACAUGGCUACGCUGAACAUCUGGGAUCGGGCACCGAGCUCGAAUCAGAAGGACAUCAAGUGA